UAAGCUAGCUAACGUUAGCUUAACUUUACUGCUCACCGGCUGUGUUCCCGCUCUCAAACAAACAUGUCGGAGGAGACCAUCAGUUUGUAUGAUUUGUUGAACUUGUCCAUCGGGACACCUCAGCAGGGAGCCGUCAACUUCAGCGCCCUUCACGCCCUGCUCCAUGCCGUCCUGAGGCAGCUGGAUAUCCGGGAGAUGAAGACCCGCUGGAGGGACACUCCUCCCGGCGGCGGACCCCUUGAUGCUGCGGCGGGUGUCACCGCUCCCAAACGGGACCAGCACGCAGAGGAGGACGGGUACACGGGUCAGGGGGACACGGCGGAGCACGCGGCUCAACCGGGCACCGAGCUGCGGGAGCGGAUAGCCUCUUCAUCCCCGACCCCCUCCUCCGGCCCCGCGGCGGACGACCACUGGAAGAUCCGGUCCCGCAUCCAGACCUGCGAGGACGACGUGUCCAAAGCCAUGACGCUCAUACAGGAGCUCCACAACCAGAAAGACGACCUGAAGGAAGAGAUAAAAGAGCUAAAAGAGCUCCGCCACCAGCAGGAGACGCUCGGUGCUCAUGCAGAGACGGCCGUCGCUGUGGAGAAGUGCUGCCACCGUGUGGACGUCCUGGAGGAAACUGUGAGAUCUCUGAGGGACGCCGUUCACAAGUAUCCAGACCCAGAGGAGCUGAGUCAGUGCGUGACCUGGGACGCCGUGCAGUCAGCUCUGCUCGGUGACAGAGAAGGCCGUCAGAAGGAGCUUUCAGGGGUUUCCACAAGUGUCGAGCCCACAUACACACCUCUCAACAGCAGCUUCACUGCUGUAAACACUGCACCUUCUCAUGCCAGCACGCCCUCCCCCCCGCACCUGGUCCAGGACGCUGGGAGGCCAGCGACCCCUAGUUCUCCAUCCAUUUCUGCACAGAUUUCCACUCUCGGGGAAGCGACGGACACCCACACACCCACAGAGGCUCCUUCAGUCCCGUCAGGGUCCCUGUCUCGAAAGACCAGCAGCUCAGAGCGCCACCCGGAGGCGAUGGAGGCCCUGAGGAGCAUCGGCAAAGUGAAGGAGACCUUCAACAAGCUGGAAGCUCGUGUUGUGGUGCUGGAAGAAGGAAAGGUGGAGCAGUCACAGCUGACGCAGCUCAGAGAGCUCAUCGCUAACAAAGGUUCGCAGGAUUUGUCGAAUAACCUGAUGGAUCAACUGAGCCAGCACAGAGCUCUGAUAGACGGCCUGAUGAGUGACUGGGAAAAGAACGUGGAGCUGGUGAACGAUGUACAGAAGGCGAUCCUGCAGCUUCAAGCAGAGGGUGAAAAACUGCAGGAAGCCACCAGGUGUCUGCACGAGGACAACAGACAGAAGCAGAGCUGCAUAGAGGAACUGUACAAAACGACGGAGGAGCUGGAGGAGAAGAAGGCGGACAAGCAGAUGGUUGAGAGUGAAAUUAAAGCAGAUAAAUGUGCUCUGGAGAGCAAAGUGAGCCGUCUGCAGUUCGACUCCGUGACGGAGCAGCUCAGCGCCAUGUUCCACGAGCUGCUGAACAGGGUGAGCGGCCAGGAGCGGGACUGGCACCAAGUCGUCGACAAGCUCUCCGCCGAGAUGGAGUGUAAGGUAAAGCAUCGUCCCAGCGAUAGAUGUGAGCGAACCGUGACAAUCCGUGACGUGACGUCUGACCCGUGA